UCGGCGGGCAGGGAUUAGCGCGGCGGACACAGAGCCGAGCGGAGGGGGCGGCCGGCCCGUCGCCCCCUUCCCGCGGGGUCUCCGGCGGGGGAGAGCCGUACCCGGCCGGCGGGGGCGGGUGGACAUGGCUGACCGGAGCGCGCCGAGCUGCCACCUGCGGCUGGAGUGGGUCUACGGCUACCGGGGUCACCAGUGCCGCAACAACCUCUAUUACACGGCGGCCAAGGAGAUCGUCUACUUCGUGGCGGGGGUCGGCGUGGUCUAUAGCCCCCGGGAGCACCGGCAGAAAUUCUACCUGGGGCACCAGGACGACAUCAUCAGCCUUGCUUUGCAUCCUGAACGUGUGUUGGUGGCAACAGGUCAAGUUGGAAAAGAACCGUACAUCUGCGUGUGGGAUUCAUACACUGUGCAAACUGUAUCUGUUCUGAAAGAUGUUCACACACACGGUAUAGCUUGCUUGGCUUUUGAUUUAGAUGGUCAGCGUUUGGUCUCAGUUGGUUUGGAUUCAAAAAAUACAGUUUGUGUAUGGGACUGGAGAAAAGGAAAAUUGUUAUCAAUGGCUCCUGGUCAUACAGACAGAAUAUUUGAUAUUUCUUGGGAUUUAUACCAGCCAAACAAGCUCGUCAGCUGUGGUGUAAAACACAUCAAGUUCUGGAGUUUGUGUGGCAAUUCAUUGACACCAAAACGUGGUGUUUUUGGCAAAACCGGUGAUCUCCAGACUAUAUUGUGCCUCGCCUGUGCAAGGGAUGAAGUGACGUAUUCUGGUGCAUUGAAUGGAGAUAUCUACGUAUGGAAAGGAAUCAACCUCGUAAGGACAAUACAAGGAGCACAUGCUGCAGGAAUUUUCAGCAUGAAUGCAUGUGAAGAGGGUUUUGCCACUGGUGGCAGGGAUGGCUGUGUUCGCUUAUGGGACUUAAAUUUUAAACCAAUUACUGUGAUUGAUCUCAGGGAAACAGACCAGGGAUAUAAAGGUCUAUCUGUAAGAAGUGUUUGCUGGAGAGGAGACCAUAUACUUGUCGGGACACAAGACAGUGAAAUUUUUGAAAUUGUGGUGCAUGAGCGUAAUAAGCCUUUCCUGAUAAUGCAGGGGCACUGUGAAGGAGAGCUGUGGGCUUUGGCUGUCCAUCCUACAAAACCCCUGGCAAUGACUGGAAGCGAUGAUCGAUCAGUCAGAAUUUGGAGUUUAAUAGAUCAUGCUCUGAUUGCCCGGUGCAACAUGGAGGAACCCAUUCGCUGUGCCGCAGUCAGUACUGAUGGAAUCCAUCUUGCUCUGGGUAUGAAGGAUGGCUCUUUCACUGUGCUCCGAGUCAGAGAUAUGACUGAGGUUGUUCAUAUCAAAGACAGGAAAGAAGCUAUUCAUGAACUCAAAUAUUCUCCAGAUGGGAAUUUCCUAGCUGUCGGUUCCAAUGACAGCUCUGUGGAUAUAUAUGGUGUUGUUCAACGAUACAAGAAGGUUGGGGAAUGUAUUGGAUCUUUAAGCUUCAUCACCCAUAUGGAUUGGUCUUCAGACAGUAAAUACUUACAGACCAAUGAUGGCAAUGGAAAGAGACUUUUUUACAGAAUGCCAAGUGGAAAAGAAGUAACAAACAAGGAGGAAUUAAAAGGCAUUCAGUGGGCAUCAUGGACCUGUGUUUCUGGUGUAGAAGUUAAUGGAAUCUGGCCCAAAUAUUCAGAUAUAAAUGAUAUAAAUUCUGUGGAUGCAAAUUUUAUUGGGCAAGUUAUGGUUACAGCUGAUGAUUAUGGAAUAGUAAAGCUCUUUCGAUACCCAUGUCUAAGAAAAGGAGCAAAAUUUAAAAAGUAUCUCGGUCAUUCUGCUCACGUGACCAAUGUCAGAUGGUCCCAUGAUCACCAGUGGGUUGUUUCCAUUGGGGGAGCUGAUCACUCUGUCUUUCAGUGGAAGUUUGUACCUGACCGGAAGUUGAAGGAUUCUCUUCAUAUAGCACCCCAAGAGAGUCUGGUUGACUCUAAUAGUGAUGAAUCAGAUUCAGAUCAGUCUGAUGUUCCAGAGCUGGACUCUGAAAUUGAGCAAGAGACACAGAUCACCUAUCGUCGACAGGUUUACAAAGAAGAUCUACCUCAACUUAAAGAGCAAUGCAAAGAGAAAAGAAAAAGUGCAGCUUCUAAGAGACGUGAGCGAGCUCCAGGGAACAGUAUAAGACUACAUUUUGUUCAUGGUUACAGAGGUUACGACUGUCGAAGCAAUUUAUUUUACACUCAGACGGGUGAAAUCGUAUACCACGUGGCAGCGGUGGGAGUGGUGUACAACCGGCAGCAGAACACACAGCACUUCUAUCUGGGUCACGAUGAUGACAUUCUUUGCCUUGCUAUUCAUCCCUUAAAGGACUAUGUGGCAACAGGCCAGGUUGGUCGAGAUCCCUCAAUACACAUUUGGGAUACAGAAACAAUAAAACCACUCUCAGUAUUAAAGGGCUAUCACCAGUACGGUGUUUGUGCCGUUGAUUUUUCAGCUGAUGGGAAACGAUUGGCUUCUGUUGGAAUAGAUGACAAUCACACUAUUGUACUCUGGGACUGGAAGAAAGGAGAAAAGCUUUCAGCAGUAAGGGGAAGCAAAGAUAAGAUUUUUGUGGUUAAGAUUAAUCCUUACAUGCCUGAUAAACUGAUUACAGUUGGAAUUAAACACAUGAAAUUCUGGCGUAGAGCAGGUGGAGGACUAAUUGGGAGAAAGGGCUGCAUAGGUGCACUGGGAAGAACUGAUACAAUGAUGUGUGCAGUAUAUGGCUGGACUGAAGAGAUGGCGUUCUCUGGAACUUCCACGGGGGAUGUGUGUAUUUGGAGAGAUGUGUUUCUCCUAAAAACUGUGAAAGCACAUGAUGGUCCUGUGUUCAGCAUGCACGCACUGGAAAAAGGAUUUGUCACUGGAGGAAAGGAUGGGGUAGUAGCUCUCUGGGAUGAUACUUUUGAACGUUGUCUCAAAACCUAUGCCAUCAAAAGGGCUGCUUUGGCCCCUGGGUCUAAAGGUCUCCUCUUAGAAGAUAAUCCUUCUAUACGUGCCAUAUCAUUAGGACAUGGUCAUAUUUUAGUGGGCACAAAGAAUGGUGAAAUACUGGAGGUGGAUAAAAGUGGACCAAUAACUCUGCUGGUUCAGGGUCACAUGGAGGGGGAAGUUUGGGGUCUAGCUACUCAUCCUCAUUUACCUAUUUGUGCCACUGUAAGUGAUGACAAAACCUUAAGAAUAUGGGAUUUAUCUCCUAGCCAUUGUAUGUUAGCUGUUCGCAAAUUGAAAAAGGGAGGCAGAUGUUGCUGCUUUUCUCCUGAUGGAAAAGCAUUAGCUGUUGGUCUCAACGAUGGAAGUUUUUUGAUAGUUAAUGCAGAUACCCUGGAGGAUCUAGUCUCUUUCCAGCACAGAAAAGAUGUUAUUUCAGAGAUACGAUUUUCUCCUGGGGCUGGAAAGUACUUGGCUGUGGCAUCCUGUGACAAUUUUGUAGAUAUUUACAAUGUAAUGAGUAGUAAACGGGUAGGAAUCUGCAAGGGAGCCUCCAGCUAUAUCACGCACAUGGACUGGGACAUAAGAGGAAAACUCUUGCAGGUCAACACUGGUGCUAAAGAGCAGUUGUUUUUUGAAGCUCCUCGUGGGAAAAAACAGACAAUUCCUACUUUGGAGGUAGAAAAGAUUGGCUGGGCAUCAUGGACAAGCGUUUUGGGCUCUUGCUGUGAAGGAAUCUGGCCAAUAAUUGGUGAAGUCACAGAUGUAACUGCUUCAUGCCUCACUAGUGAUAGUAAAGUUUUAGCUACGGGAGAUGAUUUUGGGUUUGUGAAACUGUUCCGAUACCCUGCUAAAGGAAAGUUUGGAAAAUUUAAGAGGUAUGUUGCUCACAGUACCCACGUAACAAAUGUCCGUUGGACCUACGACGACAGUUUGUUGGUCACUGUUGGAGGAGCAGACACCUCUUUAAUGCUGUGGACUUAUGAGAUGGAAGGGCAUCGGGAUAGCAGGCAGUGUGACAGUGAAGAGUCUGACCUAGAUUCUGAAGAAGAUGGAGGUUAUGACAGUGAUGUAACAAGGGAAAAUGAAAUUAAUUACACCAUCAAAGCCUUAUCAACAAACAUUAGACCAAUGUUUGGAAUUAAGCCUCAUCUGCAACAAAAGGAGCCAACCUUAGAUGAAAGGCAAGGGGUAGUAAGAGGUUCCAGACCACCAGUUAGUAGGGCAUUGCCACAGCCGGAGAAACUUCAGACAAACAACGUGGGGAAAAAAAAGAGACCUAUAGAGGACCUAAUUUUGGAGCUGGUAUUUGGGUAUCGAGGCAAGGACUGCAGGAACAAUGUGCACUAUUUGAAUGAUGGUGCUGAUGUAAUAUAUCAUACUGCAUCUGUUGGGAUCUUGUACAAUGUGGCAACAGGCUCUCAGUCUUUUUACCAGGAACACAAUGAUGAUAUUUUGUGCCUCACUGUUAAUCAACACCCCAAGUUUACCAACAUAGUGGCAACUGGCCAAGUAGGAGACUCAGCAGAUAUGUCAGCUACAGCUCCUUCUAUCCAUGUGUGGGAUGCGAUGAACAAACAGACACUGUCAGUACUGCGGUGCUACCAUUCAAAGGGCGUUUGCUCGGUCAGUUUCAGUGCCACUGGCAAACUGCUGCUGUCCGUGGGGCUGGAUCCUGAACAUACCAUUACCAUUUGGAAGUGGCAGGAAGGUGCCAAAAUUGCCAGCAGAGCUGGACAUAACCAGCGUAUAUUUGUAGCAGAAUUCAGACCAGAUUCAGAUACCCAGUUUGUUUCUGUGGGAGUAAAACAUGUGAGGUUCUGGACACUGGCUGGAAGAGCUCUUCUCAGUAAAAAAGGGCUGCUGAGCUCCAUAGAAGAUGCCCGCAUGCAGACAAUGCUAUCUGUAGCUUUUGGAGCGAAUAACUUGACAUUUACAGGUACAAUCAGUGGAGAUGUUUGUGUUUGGAAAGAUCAUGUGUUGAUACGAAUUGUGGCCAAAGCUCACAACGGACCUGUUUUCACAAUGUACACCACAUUAAGAGAUGGUUUGAUUGUUACAGGAGGCAAAGAAAGGCCUUCAAAGGAAGGAGGAGCAGUUAAGCUAUGGGAUCAAGAGCUAAAAAGAUGUCGUGCCUUCAGACUAGAGACAGGACAAAUGACAGACUGUGUUCGUUCUGUUUGCAGAGGAAAGGGGAAAAUUCUCGUUGGGACAAGAAAUGCUGAAAUAAUUGAAGUUGGAGAGAAAAAUGCUGCAUGUAACAUUUUAAUUAAUGGUCAUAUGGAUGGACCAAUCUGGGGCCUAGCCACGCAUCCAUCCAGAGAUUUUUUCCUUUCUGCUGCAGAAGAUGGCACAGUAAGACUCUGGGAUAUUGUUGAAAAGAAGAUGCUAAACAAAGUCAGCUUAGGACAUGCAGCUCGUACUGUUUGUUACAGCCCAGAAGGUGAUAUGGUAGCUAUUGGCAUGAAAAAUGGAGAAUUUAUUAUCUUGCUUGUGACCUCUCUAAAAAUUUGGGGGAAAAAAAGGGACAGAAGAUCAGCGAUUCAAGAUAUCAGGUUUAGCCCAGAUUCCCGAUACUUAGCAGUUGGUUCCAGUGAGAAUGCAGUGGAUUUUUAUGAUCUGACUUUGGGUCCCACACUAAAUCGAAUCAGCUAUUGCAAAGAUAUCCCAAGUUUUGUGAUCCAGAUGGACUUCUCUGCUGACAGCUCUUAUCUCCAGGUCUCUACGGGGUCUUACAAAAGGCAAGUGUAUGAAGUGCCUUCAGGAAAACAGCUUGUGGACCAGGCUGUGAUUGACAGAAUAACGUGGGCUACUUGGACAAGUGUUCUUGGGGAUGAAGUAAUUGGAAUCUGGUCCAGGCAUGCUGAAAAAGCUGAUGUAAACUGUGCUUGUGUCUCUCACUCGGGAAUCAAUCUUGUAACAGGCGAUGAUUUUGGCAUGGUCAAACUGUUUGACUUUCCAUGUCCUGAAAAAUUUGCAAAACACAAACGAUUUUUAGGUCACUCUGCCCAUUUAACUAAUAUUCGAUUUACAAGUGGAGAUAGAUAUGUGGUCAGUGCCGGAGGGGACGACUGCAGCCUAUUUGUUUGGAAAUGUGUGCAUAUGCCUCAUUGAGAGAGACAUGGAGACCUGCAGGAGGACACUGCAUGAAGUACCAGGCAUGAAACACCCAGGAUUGCAAUGUGACGUUCUACUGUGCCCUGCAUGUGCAAGAAAUGGUGCUGCCCCAAGACACAGAGCACUCUGGCUCUGAAAGACAAAUACCAAGAGUCUGCCAGAAGGAUGGACUGUCACAGAUGUGCUGAGGCUGCUAGAUUUGCUUCAGUAUCAGCUAAUCCGGGUUUGUAUUCCACUCACUGCCAGAUGUUGAAAAUGGAAUAUGUGGAUGAAAGGAAAAAGUGAAUUGUUAAUCAAUGUACAGUCUCACAGCAAGUUCCCGGGGUUUUAAUCAAGCGAUGCUAUUUCUGACCUAGUGCUGUACAUUGAUCUAUUUUCAGCAUGAAUGUUUUUCCUUUUAAGUUGAGGUCUAAAUAACAUAGAUAAAAAGAGUAUUCCAUAUUUUAUUACUGAAAGAGACAAUAUAUUAACUCACAAAUAAAUAGUAUUUUAAUAAAUGUUUAAUUAUUAUAAUGGAAAUUAUAUUUCUAUGGCUGGUCAAAAGGAAACAUCAUCUGGUGAAGCAGAAAAUAAUAGAGCUGACUCCUUAGGACUGAAAUAUUUCUGUAUUUAGAGGCCUGGGUCACAGUCAUGUCUGGUGAAAGCCGUUGGAUAUGCAUGAUCUUCAUGGCUAAUUUAGUGUUUUUGUUGCACUUAAACAUUAAAUUAGUUCUGUGAGCAAAAAUAGAUUUGCUCACUUUGCGAGUGCCUUUCCCACUACCUAAAAGUCUAACUCCAAUUUUUGCCUUGUGAAUAAAAGUAUUCUCAGUGGAAGAGAGAUUAUUGCUGUGUUACUUGACUGGGAUGUUAACCUCCAUGUUGGAAAUGAGGACUAGGAUGAGGAUUUUGUAGUCUUCUUAAUCAGUAAAGCUUCAGAUGUCACCAGUGGCAAAAAUAGAAUUUCAUAGCAAUAUGAAUUCAUUUUAUUUUCUCAGCAUCAUAAGGGAGAUUCAGAGAGAAUAUAAACUUUCCAAGCAUUAUAUUUUGUACAUUUGAUCUUUUUAACAGAGUUAGGACUAUUUGGGAGAGGUCUCUACUCGGAUUUCUCUUCUGAUUGUAAAAGAUGUCAAAUCAUAUGCUUCUUUAAAUGGACCUGCUGUCAUCUCUAGCUUUUAUUCUAUCGUGUAACAUAACUGAGACUCUAAGUUGGAAAAACAUUUAAAUGAUAAAAAAAAACCUGAACAAAGCUACGUUUUGGGUACAAGUGAGGAAGAUUUCAUCAGCUGUUUGUCUAAAUCAUGUCACAAAGAUGCAUUACAGACAGUUAAUUUUCAUGCAACAUAGCCGGGAACAAAGUCACUAAUUAUCAGCACUGCUCUCAUUAUGGUAUUCUGCUGUGACCAUACAGCUCUCUUUCUCUGUGUAAGCCAGCAUUGCUUUGGCACUGGCACUUCUUUAGGUUUGUCAGUAGGCUUUGAUAUUAUUAAUCUCUUGCAUUUUUUUGUGCCAGACGUUAGUAAAAAAGAAACAAACCUCAUCUCUCCUUCUGAGCAUCUUGUGUGCAUGGUGGUUACAGAGGGAAUGGGAGGGCUUGCAGGUAGAAAAGACAGAGAAAAGUCACUGAGCCAAACCUCUAUGCUCUCCUAGGUCCAAAAAGGCUUGUUAUGUGCUAUACAAACCUAGUUACCCAACUGUCUUAGGUAAUAUAUUUUAUAUAUCAAGCUAUAACAAAUAUUUAUUUUGAAGAAUUUUAUGAACUAAAGAGUUAUCAGGUUUCUCAGCAUGAUGGUUCUUAGCAAAGUCUUGCCAGUCAUGCAGCUGCUAUUCUACAGGAGCAAACACUGUGUGGAUUUGGUCAUGAGUGUACAGGGAGAUCUUGCUGGUAACAUAUUUUACUUUAGGGGAAUUACAUAUAAGAAUUCAGAUUAGACCUAAUCUGUCUCAUAACCUAGUUUCCUGCCUGCCUGUUUUAUAUGAAAAUUAGUCUCUGGCAUUUAAAUCUUAUCUAUACCAGGCAAAUAGGUUGCAGAGUGCUAUUCUAUGGCUGUGAUUCUAUCCCUUAUUAAACAUGUCUCUGCAGGACUUCUUGACUUGAAGUAAGAUUUGUCCUGCCUCUACUUUAAAGUUGCCUUUCAUUGGCUCAUGAUGGAUGACUGUUAAGAGCUCCCUCAUAGUCUGUCCUACUCAGACUGCCAGAUCAAAGUCCAUAUUUUUCUGUCUCUGAGUUUUCCCCUCAAAAUCCUACACUUAAUGAGCUCUUCCAUAGGCCUUCACCCAGUGAAGGAGGUAUGUGGAUCGAGAGGGUUUGUUUCUCAGAUCCCUGUCACUGGUCCUCUUCUCCUCGCUCCCCCUCCCCCUUCAUUAAUGCUGUGCCUCUCCACUGAUGAUUUGUCCAUUGGUGCUUUUGCCCUGAGGAAUCCCCAAGGCCAUGCCAGAGGUGAAAGAUGAACAAGAAUCGGGUGGGUGAAUUGCAGCAGGGCUGCCCUGGGAGCUGCAAGGCUGAUGGGCUGAGCCUCCAGAUCUUCUGCUUCUCCACUCUCUUCCAAACCUCACCGCUUCUGUAAAGGGCUGAGAUGGGAGCUGGAAGCUGAGGAGCUCUUAAAAAACUAAACUACCAGCAUUGUUCCUCCUAUUGCAGCCCAAAUUGGUAGCUAGUGUUUUCCCUGGCAAAACUGCUCAGUGGUUUGCCAGGUAAAAUGGGAUCAGCCAGCUUGGAACAAUCACAAAUGUUGAGGAGUGAGUAGAGCCUCAGUUGCAGCUUUCUUCCUGAGGACAGUUUGGAGCAUAUUUUGUAGGUGCUGAAGGGAAGAGCUGGCUGUAAGUGUGGUCAAAGUUGGCAGUUUUGUGGUCUUUUUGGUCUUCUUGUCUGUGAUGGUGCUUUGCUACUGUGCCUCAUUUGCUGUUUACAUAAAGUGCUACUGUAGUAACUUGCUUGUUGUUGCCACCUGUGCUGGAAGCAUGUGUAUGUGGGAACAGACUGUCUGUUCCAACAGGCAGAGGGAGCUCAAGGCUGGUUCCACAGAAAAGUCAGAGGAUGACAGAAUCCUGAAGGAUAGGUCAGGGAAGAAGCUGGAAUGUGGAGGGAGUAGUGACAAACUUUAGUUUGAAAGCAUGAGAGAGAACUGUGGGCAGGAUGGCUCUACCUGAAGCUGAAGAAAACUUCUUCUGUGAAGUAUACAACUUCAGGGAAGGGGAGGCGAAAGUUCUUUUAUAAUUUAAUCAUUCAUAGCAGAUGAUUUUGUCCUGUAGCUUUUUUUUUUUUUUUUUGUUAGUGGCAAACAUACAUCUUUGGGACCUUUAGUCUAUAUCAGUGUUUCAGUGUUAGCAAAUUAUUUGCAGCGUAACUGAACUUCAUGCAAGUCCAGGUUAAUGCUGACCUACCAUCAGAAAGCAGGCACACUGCAGAGGGGUUGUCUCCCCAGUCUAGAAACUAGACUGAAAUAAAGGACUUCAACACCAAGAGCAGGACUAUGAUAGCAUGCAGGAGUGGCUUAGUUGAAAACUGUGAUCCACUUCUUUCAGCUGCUGCUAAACCACCCCAACCCCGCUGUUUGACUUGCAAGUUUGCCAAGACACACAGUGCCCUUCAACAAGCCUUGAGCCCCUGCCUGCACAGCACCUCACCCGCUCUCUGGGUUGCACCAGCAGCGCCCGAGGCUCCACGUGCACAUGGGGGUGACUCCGGAGCCGGGCACUGAAGUCCCAUAUUGGACUUGCUGUGUGUGGUGUAGUGGUGUGACAAGCAAAGGAUCUUGGAUUCAAAUGCAGUGCUUAAAUGGGCGAGGUGACAUGUUCCCUAUCUCAUUGUCAGUGACAUGGAUGUGACAAGCCUUAAUCCUUCAAGAUUUUUCUUUUUUUAAAUUCUGUUAGCAUAAGCUAUAGACAGAUGUUGUCAGUGUUUUGGACACAGUGGAGCAUCCUAUAGACUCCACAGAAAGCGAAGUAAGACUGCAAGUCACAAAAUAUAUUGCCGUGUCAGUGAUGUAAACAUCCCUAGUUGUAUUGCGUUUGUAUGGUUUUUUGUUCUGUUUUUUUUAUGCUUCCUUGCAAUCUGCUCUGAUGUCCUGAAGUUUUUAGCAUCAUUUGAUUUUUGCUCAUGUGGAUAAUUCCAUGUGCUUGCCAAAGACUGCUGUCAUUCUUUAUACCAAUCACUGUGGUGUGGUUAGACCAAGCCCAUUUCUGUCACUGCCCCCAGCUUUGCUCUUCAAUUAACUUUGACUUCAGAUUUGAACUCUGCAUAUCUCCUUUUAGGAAAAAAAAAAAAAAAGAAUAGUUUUAGGUGUAUAAUAUGUAUAAAAGCCACAAUGGGUUUCCUUGCCAAAAUAAUUUGUAACUAAGAAGUACUAGGUGGGUUUUGUCCAGACUACUUGAUACUAGAACAGGUAAAUGCUUGCUAUCCCUUUCUCAGUUUAGUAACAGCAAGCCAGUCACAAUCUUGAUACCUUCACCUGUCUU